AUGUCCAACUUGCAGAAUACCACAUCCUCUUCCAUCAUUUUCCUGCUAACUGGUGUUCCUGGGCUGGAAGCCUUCCACAUCUGGAUCUCCAUCCCCUUCUGCUUUCUCUAUAUAACAGCCCUCUCGGGAAACAGCCUGAUUCUCUUUGCCAUUGUCACUCAGCCCAGCCUCCACGAACCCAUGUAUUAUUUCCUCUCCAUGCUGUCCACCACUGACCUCGGCUUGUCCAUAUCCACCCUAGUCACCAUGUUGGGUAUAUUCUGGUUCAAUGCCCGGAAGAUCAGCUUUAACGCCUGCUUGUCACAAAUGUUCUUUAUUAAACUCUUCACAGUCAUGGAAUCCUCAGUGCUGUUGGCCAUGGCCUUUGAUCGCUUUGUAGCCAUCUCUCAUCCUCUCAAGUAUGCAACCACCUUAACUGACUCCAGAAUAGCUCAAAUUGGAGUAGCAAUUGUCAUCAGGGGGACACUGACGCUGACACCAAUGGUAGCCCUUCUGAAAAGACUGUCCUACUGCCGCAGCCUCGUGCUCCACCACUCCUAUUGCUUCCACCCUGAUGUGAUGAAGCUCUCCUGCACAGACACCAAGAUCAACAAUGUGGUGGGGUUGACAGCCAUGAUCUCUACUGUUGGGGUAGACUCAAUCCUCAUCCUCCUUUCUUAUGUUUUGAUCAUUAAGACUGUCCUCAGCAUUGCAUCCCCAGAAGAGAGAAAGAAAGCUUUCAGUACAUGCAUCUCCCAUAUUGGGGCUGUUGCUAUUUUCUAUAUUCCAUUGAUCAGUCUAUCCUUUGUUCACAGAUUUGGAAAACAGGCUCCACCAUAUGUACAUACUAUGAUUGCUAACACCUACCUGCUGAUCCCACCUGUGAUGAACCCCAUCAUCUACAGUGUGAAGACCAAACAGAUACGUAGAGCUGUGAUAAAAAUUCUCCAUUCCAAAGAUAUAUAG